AUGAAGCCCUCAACGCACCGGUAUAUCCUCGCUCCGACCCUUAUUGGCAUUCACGCCAUCCUUCUCCUCCCGUUAAUCUUCCCACCCAAAGUCCUCCGGCCACCACACUUCCCCGAUGCCAGCGGCGACCCAUGGCCGGCUUACGGAACAACACCACAGCAGCAGAGGUUUAGGCGGUUACAUUUGAGGUAUUCAGUACCGUUUGGUUUUGCGGGCAUAGCUGGGGUCUGGAUAUCGAAGCAGCUGGCGGGGAAUAUACCACUGCCAAAAGACCCGCGGAGGAAGCUGCUGGCAAUGUGGCUGGAAAGCAGUGUGCUGUUUGGGAUUGGGGUACUGGAGGAAAUAUGGAGAUAUGGGUUAGUGAGGUUGUUGGUGGGGUAUAUGGGCGGCCAUGGGGGGUAUAGGGGGAGCACCGUAAUGAGUAGAGAUGAAGGGGAUUUUGAAGGAGAUUUUGAAGGGCCUCCGACGUUGUGGGAAGGGUUAUAUGUUAUGGCGUGGGUGUGGAGUAUUUUCGAAUGUUUGUACUCAUGGUACGGAGUACGCCCCAAUCCCCACGAUUGCGGAAAGCAUCAUACCCAGUCUUCCCCAAUAUCAGCAUCAAAGAGAAUUCAAGCCCAUUUCCGCCGAAACUCUGAAGGCCUCACCCAUGCAUCACACUACCAGCGUCCUCCUCUCGGAAAAAGGACAAUAAGUGACUCCAUUAUGGGAGGCGCCAGUGACGAAACAAGAGCAGUUUUCAACCCUUUCGGCCGCAAAAAACGGGAUACGACCGCCGUGAAACCAAGAGAAAUAGAAGACAGGUCCAUUCACUGUGUGGAUAACAAUACAACGGCAGCUGAGAGCGAGAGCUCGCGUACAGCUUACGAUGAGUCCAUCAGGCCGACGAACAGCUCACUCUUGGUCAAAGGCAAGAAUACUAUGGAUGGGGAUUUAGAGACUGGGCUCUUAUCACGCCUGAGGGAGAUUAGGCGUGAACAGGCGGAAGAACAGGCCGAUUCGGACAAUGGCUACGGGGAUGACGAGGAGUCUGUUUCAUCGGGCUCCGAAGACAACGACUCUGCUCGGAGCUCUAUCGAUAGUGCGAGGUUUGAGUCUGUUACACCUCUGUUGAGCUCCUCGCUCCCAUACGACCCCAGCCAACAGCAUCCGCAUCAUGAGAGCCAGGCAUUGUUGCAGAACCAACGACAACAGAUCACCUAUAACACCAUGGCCACUGCUAACUCACUGCCUCUGGAACCAACAGAUGACAACAACGAAGACGAAGUCGUCACCGUGCAUGACUGCGACAACCACAACAGCAGCAAUGAAAACCGAUUUAGUGAUCACGGCAGAGAUUCAACCCCAAAGACGCAGAGAAGCCCUAUUGAUAGGGUCUACCCUUCGUACCCUCCAUACUCUGCAGCCUGCAAUCACGCCCAUUUUUCAGCCACCACUUCCGCACCAGGUCCUUCUGCGGGCUAUGGUACUGCCGCGGUGAUCAACCGUUCUGUUCCACCGAAACGGAAAUCGAUAAACAACCCCCCCAAGGAACCGCGAUGUAGCAGCAAGACAGUCUACGGAGCAAACGUCAAUACACUCCCAUUGCACCUCCCCGUACUUUGGAGGACUGCCGCCUUGCUACGGCAUAUUUCCCACGCCUUGAUCUAUGCAUGGGCACCAGCAUUGGUUUUCAAUGGCCACUUUCAGUGGGCCUCGUUCCUUGUGUUGUUUCUACUGGCUGUAAAGAAAGGGUGGUCGACUAUGGAAUGGUUUGGCGGCGGAGCAUCAAGGUUUGUGCACCAGCUCCUGAUCCCCAAGCGAAAUAUUUGA